AUGAAGGGUUUCCUCUCCGCUGUGGCCUUUGCAGGCCUUGCAGCUGCUCAGCAGAUGAACAUCGCCGCCAUCAACGACGCACCACUACCAGCUACCACCGUUGCCCCAGUCGGUGCAGCCGGGCAGUCCAGCAUCGCAUACAACACCGCCGCUGCCGCCACUUCCAUCUCAGCAGAGGCUCAACCUGCCUCGGCGCCCAGCAGCUCCAACAAGGUCAGGCGAGGAGACUGCUCGCCACAGCCAGCUGGCUCUUACCCACAGGUCAAACCAGAUACCGCAGAGGCCUUCGUGAACUACCCGCCGUUCCACGCCUUGGCCAACAGUCAGGGACCGCCCUUUCCAUAUUUCGAAAAGUUUAGGGAUCUGAACGGCUCCACCCAGCAGAGCUCCUACCUUACGUACAUGAUUCUGAAGCAGUACGACGUGAACCAAUGUGCCAGGCUUUGCGACAACGCCGAUUUGUGCACGAGCUUCAAUAUUUAUGUUGAGCGUGAUCCAACCCUCGACCCAGGCCCAGCCUGCCCCAACCCACCAUCUACCACGAACAUCAAGUGCGUUCUUUGGGGCUCCAGUAUCAACCGCCAGACCGCAACUAAUACCGGCCAAUACCGCCAGGACUUCCACGUCGUCAUCGCCGCCUCCAACGGCUACGACAAGACUUUCUUUGCUCGCCCCUCCAGCGUCGACACCUUUACCCUCGGCCAAAACAUCACCGGCAAAGCCAUAACUCUCGCCGGAAGCAAAUCCCUCGGCUCCGAGUUCUUCGCCGGCCCAUACGACCCAACUCUCUGCGGAUACUACGCCACCGCUCAGACUUCUGCCAACAGGCAGGACGCUCAGGCCAAGGGCCUGAAGAGCUACCAGGCUUGCAACAGCUUCAACGCAUAUGCCGUGUACAGGGCUGGGCUUGCGUGGGGUACUUACUGCUCGCUGUGA